AUGAUGUUCAAGAGUCUUCUCGGGUUUGCUGCUAUUGCAGCUGCAAGCCCCAUGGACUUGGAUAGAUAUCUUCAAGCCUUCGAUGCGAGAGAUGGAAGCACUCGGGUCACCAACACGAAUCUUGACAACAUGAAAUUCUACACCCAACACGCCGCAGCCGCCUAUUGCAACUACAAUACACCAACAGGACAAAAGAUUGAGUGCAGAGGCGAUGCCUGCCCCCUUGUUGCCAGAAAUCAGCCCAGUGUGAUAAAGUCCAUGGUCGGCAAAUACACCGGAAUCGGUGCCUACGUGUCCACUGACAAUGUCCGCAACGAAACAGUCCUCGCCGUCCGCGGCAGCAACAACAUCCGCAACUGGAUCACAGACUUCAUCUUCCCCUUCCAAAACUGUGACCUAACGAAAGAUUGCAAAGUCCACACCGGCUUCGCCACCGCUUGGAGCGAGAUUGCCGAUGAAGCCACCAAGGCCAUCAACUCCGCUCGCAGAGCCCAUGCCAACUAUAAAGUCAUCCUCACCGGCCACUCGCUCGGAGGCGCAGUAGCCACCCUCGGUGCCGCCUACCUCCGUAAGGCCGGUAUCCCCCUUGACCUAUACACCUACGGCAGCCCCCGCGUCGGCAACGACAAGUUCACCACCUGGUUUUCUAGCCAAAAGGGCGGUCAGUGGCGAGUUACUCACGAGAGCGAUCCUGUACCUCGCCUCCCGCCCAUGGGUGUUGGUUACCGCCAUGUCACUCCUGAGUAUUGGUUGACCGGUGGAGAUACAUGGAAGAUUGACUACACGGUGGACCAGAUCCGUGUGUGCCAUGGCAUCGCUAACGCAGAGUGUAAUGCUAAGCUUGUGCUGCCCGAUAUUUUUGCCCAUCUGCGGUAUCUGGGUAUAACGUCUGGUUGUUCCAAGAUUCUCAUUGGGGCGAGAGAUACCUCACAGACGGAUGACUUGCCUCAGGAUGUCAAAGAUCGUCUUGAGUACUGGGCCCAGACGGAUCGGGAAUUCGUCAAAGAACAUGGCCUUUAG